GCGGCGUUGGUCGCGGCGGCGAGAGCACGAUCUCAGAAGCAGCAUCGCGGCGGCGGCAGUGGCGGCGGCUACACCGGGCUGGGCCCCCUCCCUCCUUCGCUCCCCCUCCUUCCCCUCCCCUCCGCCGUGGUUCCGGAAGAGUCCGCGACGUGUGGCGAGGGGCGACGAGUUCCAGGGUCAACUCACUGUCCUGAAAAUCUAUUCUUCCAAGAAGAAGGAACAGAAAGAAAGACGUCUUUGUAAGAAAGGCUUGUGUAUCCCAUGAACGAGACAGCAGAACACCGAUUGGGGUGCAGCAGGACUCCAGAGCCAGAUAUAAGGCUCAGAAAAGGGCACCAACUUGAUGCUACGAGGAGAGACAAUGAUAACAACCACCAAGAAGGAGAUUUGGAGCCUGCUUUAGAGGCAUCUGUUCUUUCUUCCCAUCAUAAAAAAAGCUCUGAGGAACAUGAGUGCAAUGAUGACGCUUCUCAGGAGGAUGAGGGGUUCAUGGGUAUGUCCCCUCUCUUACAAGCCCAUCAUGCCAUGGAAAAGAUGGAAGAGUUUGUUUGUAAGGUAUGGGAAGGUCGAUGGCGAGUAAUUCCUCAUGAUGUACUACCAGACUGGCUCAAGGAUAAUGACUUCCUUUUACAUGGACAUCGGCCCCCUAUGCCUUCUUUCCGGGCCUGUUUUAAGAGCAUAUUCAGAAUACACACAGAGACAGGCAACAUCUGGACACACCUCUUAGGUUGUGUAUUUUUCCUGUGCCUGGGGAUUUUUUAUAUGUUUCGCCCCAACAUCUCCUUUGUGGCCCCUCUGCAAGAGAAGGUGGUUUUUGGAUUAUUCUUCUUGGGGGCCAUUCUCUGCCUUUCUUUUUCAUGGCUCUUCCACACAGUCUACUGCCACUCAGAAGGGGUCUCCCGGCUCUUCUCCAAAUUGGAUUACUCUGGUAUUGCUCUUCUGAUUAUGGGAAGUUUUGUUCCUUGGCUCUAUUACUCUUUCUACUGUAAUCCACAGCCUUGCUUCAUCUACUUGAUUGUCAUCUGUGUGCUGGGCAUUGCAGCCAUUAUUGUCUCCCAGUGGGACAUGUUUGCCACCCCUCAGUAUCGGGGGGUGAGAGCAGGAGUGUUUCUGGGCCUAGGCCUGAGUGGAAUCAUUCCCACCUUGCACUAUGUCAUCUCGGAGGGCUUCUUGAAGGCUGCCACUAUCGGGCAGAUAGGCUGGCUGAUGCUGAUGGCUGGCCUCUACAUCACGGGAGCUGCCCUCUACGCCGCCCGCAUCCCUGAGCGCUUCUUUCCUGGCAAGUGUGACAUCUGGUUUCACUCUCAUCAGCUGUUUCACAUCUUCGUGGUUGCUGGAGCUUUUGUUCACUUCCACGGUGUCUCAAACCUCCAGGAGUUCCGGUUCAUGAUCGGCGGGGGCUGCAGUGAAGAGGAUGCACUGUGAUGAUCUCCUGGUGGCCAGGGAGUGUGACCCUGCACUGGGGCCUGCAGCAACUGCAGGCCUCCCUUACUGGUCAUUGAUGCCAGUACCAGAGGAGCCCCCAAACUCUGACAGCCUCACGGGCUUUGUGAUGCCCCAGGGGCUCCACAUGGUACACGACCAAGAAGAGAAAAACAAAAAUAAAUCAUACCUCAAAGGACAGAGUGCAUCAAUUUGGAGAACAGGAGAAAUGGCCCAAACCCUGACUCACUCCUGGUAUCUACAGAUUGGGGGCUCUGCAAGACCCUUGGCAGGCUGGCUUCUGAUCAUAUUUAUUUGUAGAAGAUGGGGGAACAGUUUAGCUGGUGGUUCUUUUUGCUCCCUUUCUCCUUAAAACAAUAAUACAAGCCAAUUUAGGUGAACAUUUAUAUCCUAUUAAGGAGUGGGAGUGUGAUUUUAGAUGCUCUUUUGGGAGAACAAAGAAAUUAAUGUAAAUAAGAUUUCUAACUUACUGUUUAAGAAUUUAUAUAAAUGUUUAAAACAUCGGGGUAGGGAGGGAGGGAAGAUUUUUGCAUAGAAUGAAACAUGCAAGUACCACACACUGUUUCCAUUUGCACAAAGUGACUGUAGGAGGAGCAGGUGGUAGCCCCAGAGUGUGUAGAGUAUAAUGCCUUGGUGUACCAGGGUGCCUUCCAAAGGCCGACAUACCUUGGGCCCUAGUGGCGCAGAGGGGCCAGCCCCAGGCCAGUGAUGACCUUCCACCUGAGAGACGAGACCUUUGGGAGUGUUGAGGUAGAAGGAAGUGGUAUGUGUUUUCUCAGUGGAGGCAGCAUGUGAGUGGCUAAUAAGAUGUGAAAUGGUAAAGGCUCUAGUUACUGUGCUGUUGGAGAGAGCCAUUUGUUUUCUAGGCUGAUAGUGACCCUUUCUAAGGAGUGGAGCCAUCUACUUGGGCAAGUCAGUUGUGCUGGCAUAAUUUAAGGGGGUGGAGGCACUGGAGGAACCUUGAAUACAUUGGCACAAGGACUGAUUACUUCCGGCACCCUGUUUAGUUUUGUGGUAAUUCUGAUUUCUAAUUGGAGAGGUGGACAUUUUUCCAUAUCCUUGCUGUGAAGCUCUGGAACCCUGUAAAUUUAGUUCCCUCUGUUAAAAUCAACUGCCCUUAACUACACUUUCUUCUCCUGGGAAUAGAAAUUGGUUUCUCCCUGGCAUCAUGGUUCUUGGCAUGGAGCCAGCCAUAAAAGAGAGUCUGCCUUGUCCAGGUGCCUCCUGAGCUCGUUUGCAUGGAUUAGGAGACCCUUUCCUUUGGAUUAGGGACGAGUUUCUCCUUGGCAUACUGUCUCAGUAAGCCUAGGUGUGAGAAAUGAGCUCUCCUUGAACAAGGAAACCAGCACAACUGUUGUCAAGCAGAGUUCAUUUUCCACUAUGGAAUUGUCGUCAUUCACUGAACCUCAUUCUGCAGGGAUAGUGUGGUAGAAAGUUGAAAAAUUGGUUGUGUUACUGACAGGGAAUUUGGUAGAAUCCUUAAGGCCAUGUCUCUGAAUUGCUGCUAGGAGUGAAAAAGGACUGCUCAUGUCCCACAGGGUAGGGUGCCCUGUUAUGGUAUCUGGGAGAGUAUGAGGGAAGGAUCUGGUUCGUAGAAUUCUGGCCUUUGCUCACAGGUGAACCACCAAAAUAGCACUUGAGUCUUAGGUUACUAUCACUCGAGACUUUAUAUGGUUAAAUUACAUUCUGGGGUUUGUGGGUUUGAAGUAAGUAUUGAGACUCCUAGCAUGGGAGCCGGCAUCCUCAAAUGGGUGUUUGGGGCUGUGGGAAGGGUCUUCUGUUUAUUCAGUAUAGAGUUGUCUGGGUUCUUUUUCUCCUUUCUCUCCCCUCCCAACCUCCAGCAAAAGCUAGGAACCAGGAAGAAAGAAUUCAGAGUAGAACUUGGGAAGAAUUUAAGAGUAUUUUGGUUCUGGAUAAAGUCACUGCCCUGGGUGCUAGAGUACUGAGCAAAAUAUUCAGUGGGUGAACUGGUGCAGUGCCUCACAGAAUAAAGAACAGUAUUAAUCCCUUUGAGGAAACAAAGUCCAGCAGGACAGUGGCCACCUGGAAGGAAGCUCGCUUGGUUCCAUGGGAGCAACAGCACAUAUCAGAAGCCAGACUUGCUCCUCAGGCAUGCACUUUGGGAUACAGGGCGUAAGACACAGCCUUGUAGCACCACCAAGAGAAGUAGCAAUCUCUGGCCCCAGUCACCCCACACCCCAAAGGAGGAGCUUAAUCUGGUUCAACAUAGCACAAACCCUUAGGAAAAAUGAAAUCAACAUCACCGUUGUGUAAUCCAGUGAAAAUCUCCCUCUUCAGGGUGGGUAUAUGUGUGGGCCUGUGGGCGCCCAUUUGUGUGUGUGUGUGUCCAUUUAUAUGUGUAUCUACAUGCAACUCACUACCAACAGCCUCACUGUGCACUUGGUCUUGCAGUGCUAGCUGAGAACUCUCACCAGGUUGGCGCCUGAAUGCCUUACUCUCAGCAGUCAGAGGCUUGCUUGUUCUGUGCAGAUUUUUAAAUUUUCUUUCUUGGCCCUAGGCUGGUUAGGACCUCUACAGCUUCAUUCUCUUCACCAUUAAAUAGUGGCCUUUUCAGUAUUUCCCUCUUCCCCUUAAUAAAUUGCUGAAGCCACAAAGCACAUUUUUGGCGCUCAGAGAAGAUUGGGGUUCCAGAAAGGCAUCUGUGAUGGUUCCAUUCACCAUGGGAUUUCCCUACUUGCUGUAUUCUCAACUUCUAAUAAAAAGAACCAAAUGCAG